AUGGCCACUGAACGACGGACAUUUAGUCCCGAGGCCUGGCGCCAAAGGCUUCAUGAUUUGAACGUCAGAGACUUUCCUACUACUGUCGCUCUGGAGCUUACAAAAGAUACAUUGGGUUUCGUGCUAAAACAAUGGAAGAGCUACAGUUCGACCGUGAAACUUAGUUUACUUUUUUCGAUGCUCUGUAUCAAGAAACUGCAAAUAAAGUCAUUUGAAGACAGUUUAACCCAAAUUAUUAAUCUCGGCUGCGUUGAUGAAGAUGAGUGGGUCAGUCAAAUAUCAAAAGUAUUACGACAAUAUCCUAAAACUUUAGCACUAGAUUUUCAUGGCGAACUUAUAAUUCAUCCAGAUGCCAUGGAGAACUGGUUACGUUUGAGGGAAAAAGUUAGGCAUCGAGGUACUCGAUUCCGUCCAGCAGAAUAUCCAUAUAUCCAUCCUGAUUUAUACGACAUCACCAGGCCCUUACAGGCUAAAAUGGUCAAUGAGUCUCCCUAUGAAGUGCAUGAUUUGCAAAAAUUGAGACAAGACAGAUUGAGCGUGCUAAAUGCCAGCACUAAUCUUACUUCAAACACGCUGCUGACCGGAACCCCAGCAAGCACCUCCAGCUCAUCACAUGCUAGAAACGCCUCAAUACAGUCUGUGCCAAAUCCAUCUCUUAAUCGACCGCAGAUGCCAGCCCGUAUGGGAUCAAUGCCAAGCCCGUCGUCGUCGAUGUUUAUUCCCAGACGGAGACAGUCUUAUCAGUCUCAAUCGACUUCAAGAGUCGGUCCGAUCAACACAGCUAAAGGUACGAGUGGUAUUGCUAAGGCUAUGAACUCGCCCACUGAUAUAAUAACAACGGGAAAGACAUUUCCGAAACAAUCCAAGAUUCAAAUGCUUGAUAUAUCGGAAGGCUCAUCUAUAAUAAAAAGCCAACAAGAAAGCAUAAAAAAGACUCAGAUGGGCGUGCGCAAGAAGAGAAAAAUAAGUGUUUUAGAGGAUGUCUCAUUACAAGAAGAGCCCGCAUCAGAAAAUGAGUUGCCUCACAAAACUUCUCAACUAACUAUAACUUCUCCAACGUCAUCGACGUCACCUCCAACGAGCGUGCCGAAAAACGAAGAGGAUACACAGAAAUCAGAUAGUCAGUCAGCGACAGUUGAGAAAGUUUCGGAAAACACACAAACACCAUCAUCUGAGACAAAUGUGUUACCGAAGGAACAAAUUGAUUCAAUGGUACAGACCGUACUAAACGAUCAGUGCGGGUUGUUGUCCGAGGAGGACAAAGCUACAAUAAUCAAGUUUCUUGAGAAACAAUUUACGCUAGGAAAUUAUGGUGGUAGCCAAGACACACUUCCGAAUCCUGGCGACGACGUCCUUCGGUUUAACAUGCAUGAAACUCGGAUUACAGACCCUGUUUUGGGUAAAGAAACUAGAGAGACAAUAGUCUUUGAAAUGAACCUAACUAGUGGGAAAUGGAGGAAGUUGAAGAAAAAGAUUAGGAAAUCGCGACCACCCGCCACAAACACUGACAACGCACCAAACCCUAACGAAGGCGAUUGA